CAGUUCACUGUGUGUUUGUGUUGCUUUGUGCAUACGUGUGAACACACACUUCCUGUUUGACAUGUUUUACCAGGUGUGUCACAGCAUGAAUACACUGGGUGAUUCAACCUAUACUGGUUUCAUUUUGCGAUAGUGUGUCUAUACAGGUGUGGGCUGGCUGGCACUGACUUGCGCAGGUAUGAAGAGAAAUCCAGCACAGUCCUGAGAGAGGAGGGAAACUACAGCACUUCUGUGACGGGAACUCUCAAAAAUAAGGUGGGAAUAGUCGCACACACAGACACCUGUACAGGUGGAAGAAGAAACCCUGGGAACGAGGAAAGGCUGUUUUGGAAGGAGAAAGACAGGAGAAUACUUCAGAAUGUGAAAUAACCCAGAGGAGAUUCUUCAACUGCGGUUCGACCAAUGGGUCUGGGAUUCCAAUGUGGCAUUUCAGGCUCUGGGAUGUACAAGAUGUUGCUGUGUUUCUCAGCAUCACAUUAUAUAUGUGUCACCUAGCUGGAGCCAUCUCCAUUCAGUCUCCCCAGAGGAGCCUGACCAGGUCGGUGCAGGAGGAUGUGUUUUUCUCAGUGGAUGUUACCUGUCUUGGGAUCCCCACCAUACAAUGGACCUUUAUGUCAGGGGCGGUGAGCCGCACCAUAGGGGCUUGGCAGCCGGGGGGGGGGGAAACUAACAUAACAGUGGAUUACAGCAGCAGAGUGCAGCCCUUCAACAAUGGCUCAAUGGGCCUGUCAGACCUGCGGCUGCAGGAUGCUGGAUACUACGUGGUCACUGUCACGGACACAGCAGGAAGCAGCAAGGAUGCUGGCUUUGUCCUGAAAGUGAACGAGGUGCUGUAUGAGGAUCUUCAGUACCUGUCUGUCUCUGCCUUAGCACUGGCCUGUGUGGCUGUCCUUCUCAUGCUGGCCACAUGGCUACUAGACAAGGCCUACAGGAAGAUAGUUGCAUGGAGACGCAAGAAAGAGAUGCCAGAAAAUGACGCAACAGAGCUGCAGCCUCUCUGAAGGACACCUGGCUGUGCUUUGUACCUGGCAGGGAAACACCACAGACUGUUACUGUGUACAUAAAAUAACCGUCAUUUUAUUUUAGUUCAACACGUUCACUUACAGCCAGGAAGAUGGCUUGUCUUUUGAAUUUGAAUUAUGAAAAACUGUGUACCGAGAUGUUUACAUUUAUUGUUGUAUACACAUGCAUUUACAUUGGGCAACAAUACAUACUGUAUUUACUGUCUAAGCAAAUUAAUUGUGUGAUUUACUUUGACUCCUGGGUUCUUUUACAAUUAUCCAAAGUUGAAUCAGGCUUUGAAAAAAGGUUUAAUAGCAGGUAGUCUGUAUCAGACCUUUGAUGCAGUAAAAAUACUGUAGAUGGAAUGAACAAUAAGUCUACUUUUCUCAUUACUUACAUUACUCAUUUUAAAAGGUGAACAAAAACCUAACACAUGGUUCUUUCUUAGAGUAAAACUGAUGAAUCAGACUAAGAAGAAAGUCAGUUUCUCUAAAAUGCUAUUGCUUAAAUCAGACAAAUUAUAAAGAUUAAGCAAAACUGCGGAAACACAUUCCUCACAAAAAAAAGACAUUAACCAGAAGUCCUUAGAAAACAUCUAAUAGCUUUAUGAUAUGACAAAUCAGCACAAAUACAUUUAGACAGACUUAACGUUUUAUUUUGUAUCAGAUUGUUUGAGGUACACACAAACAUAAAAAACAGAGCACGCCGCAGACACCACUGGAGGUGGAAAGGAAGAGAAAAGUCAAAUUUUUU